UUUUAAAUAAAGGAAUGCGAUUCCAAAGGCAUCAUGGCCGCCAAGGUACGUCACGUGACUGUUCACAGAGGUGUAUGGAAAGUCAAGUGUCCUCCCCUCCCGUCCAAAAAUAUUAUUUCUGUUCGGUCAACGACUACCUAAUAUCUCUCCGCCGACAAAAUGGCAACAAACGGAUUAAGUUUUCCGUGGAGCUCACCGGUGGGAAAUCGAAAUCUGAGUCCAUUUGAGAAUAUCCGCCAGCAGAUGGAUGACAUCGUGGGAAAUGGAGGGAUCCUGAAAGAGAUGGUCCACCCUGGAGAAGGCCCGCCUGUCCCCCAAAAUGCUUCAGUGUUGAUCCAUUACUCCGGCUUCCUGGAAUAUUCCGACCGGCCGUUCGAGACCACCACUCACUUGAAGUACCCGCGCAUGAUGAAGCUGGGCCAAGACUUGACGCUGCCCGGAAUGGAGUUCGGCCUGCUGACCAUGCGGAAAGGGGAGUUCUCCCGCUUCCUGCUGCAGCCUUGCUACGCCUACGGAGAACUGGGCUGUCCUCCGCUCAUCCCAGCCGCAUCCCCAGUUUUGUUUGAAAUCCAGAUCCUCGACAUAUUCAAUUCCGGCGAAGUGGAUGACUUUGUCACACUGAGUCCAGAGGAGCAGAACACAUUUCCUCUGUCCAAACUGAUGGAAGUGGUCAACACGCUGCGCAGCUUCGGCAACCGAUGCUUUAAGCAGAAUCGCUACGAGAAAGCCAAAGAGCGCUACAAGCAGGCGGCGGUGGUGUUGGCCAACCGGGUCCAGCAGAGCGAUGUGGAGGCCAGGGAGCUUCAGAUGGCGUUGCUGCCUCUCUACCUGAACCUGUCCCUCACAGAGCUGCGUCUGGAGAACCUGCAGAAAGCUCUGAAAUACGCCAACAAAGCUUUAGACGUGGACUCGGGAAGCACCAAGGCUCUUUUCCGCUGCGGACAGGCCUACGUGGAGCUGCAAGACUACGAGAAGGCUCACGAAUGCCUCGUCAAGGCCCAGCGCAAGAAGCCGUUUGACUGUGACAUCAACAACUUGCUGAAGAAAGUCACCUUGGCCUACAAAGACAGCUUGGACAAAGAGAAAGACUUGUACACAAAGAUGUUUCAAGGCUUCAAGGGACCAGUGGAAAUGUAGACACAACCGUGGAUCCAGUCAGUGACGAGCCACUGCAAUUCCUGAGUCACUAAGCUUGUGGUUUUUUUUGUUAAUCUUAUCACAAUUGUUGCGCUGUGUUGUACUUUGAAGUGCGUUGGGGUUUUUUUUUUCCACCUUAUGAUGACGGGAUUGUGAUUUUGGCAAAAGCACAAAUAAAAAUGUGUGAAUUUGCAUUAUAUGCCAGGUAAUUGUGAUAAUACCAAACGCGAACACAUGGGGGAGCACUAGUGCAGAGAGUAAAGUCAUAAAGCAAUUGAAAACUAUGUACUGGCGUUUAUCGUUGGCUUUGGUGUGAAGCUGCACUGAAUCAUACUCAGGGCUGUUUCACAUAUUUUUCAGUGACUUAAGAGACUCAUGAGGGGGCAAAACAAUGGAAACAGCUUCAAGUCCCACUACAAUGUACUGCUACACUGCUUUUUGGUUCUUAAUGGCCAGAGAUAGAUGGACGCACAAUGUUUAAAAAAAAAAAAACGUGAGAAGCAGCAGGAAAGGAUGGAAAAAAAUAGAAGGGAUGAAAUGGGAUCAGAAAGGGGGAGGGGCAAGCAGGGAAGCAGGACAAUCUGAUUGACCUCUCAGACUAA